GGACCAGUUUGGAAACUGGUAGUGAAAUAACGGUAAGGGAAUACGAAACUGGAUUAGGAUCAUUAGAACUAAGUGUACAAGUAGAUGCAGUCUAAAUAUAAUAAAUUUAGUUUAACUUGUGAUAUCAACCACAAAUCACGUAUAUUAAUUAUUUUGUGACAUUAUUUAUUAGAAAACUUCUUAAAAUAAGUUAUCAAGGAGACGAUGAAGACAAUAGUGUUUACAGUGGCAUUUGUAGCUGUAUUAAUUAAAGGAGAACCCUGCGUUUCACCAGAUGGCAGUGAUGGGAACUGCGUACCAAUAAUACGUUGUCCCUCUUUGAUGGACUUAGUUCGUAACAAGCAGAGGACAAUACAAGAUAUAGAGCUGUUGCAAAAAUCCAGUUGCGGUUUUGAAGAAAAUAAACCAAAAGUAUGUUGUCCCAGUUCAUGUGUAACAGUAAAUGGAGAACAUGGCACGUGCGUCAAUAGAACAACGUGCCCUCACUUACCUCAAAAAUAUGAAGCAAAAAGUUGUUCAGGUACUGACAGUGUUUGUUGUGGACCUGCACCAAAUCUCAACAUACCCAUAAUAAACUGUGAAACAAGCAUCAACGCUUAUCCAUUCCCCCAGAAUAGUUAUUGUUGCGGCGUGGAUAGUGUGGCGGAAAUUAAGUUCUCGUACGCUGGUAGUGGACUGUCAGGCACUAAAGUAGACCAGUACCCAUGGAUGUCAUUAAUCGAGUACCAGGUGGAAAGUAAAACCAAAAUAUUAUGUGGUGGCUCUCUCAUCAGCGGAAAAUACGUUCUGACUGCCGCCCACUGUAUUACCGGCAGGAUUCUUGAAUAUGGAAGCCCCUCAACAGUACGCCUUGGAGAAUAUGACACUACCAAAGAGUUAGACUGUUCGCAAUCUCCAUACAGUCCCCAUGAGACGUACUGUGCUCCUCCAAAUGCCACGGUCAUCAUACCAGUGGAGAGCACCAUCGCCCACCCAUCUUAUGACCAAGUCACCACGAAGCACGAUAUAGGACUCAUAAGGCUUAAGAAUUUUGCACCGUAUACAGAGUUCAUCCGUCCGAUUUGUUUGCCAAGUAAAGACUAUUCCGUUGUACCACCACCGGUGUUCAAUUUAUUCGUCGGCGGAUGGGGUAUCGGAUCCUCAACACAUCAGAGCAUGUUCAAAAGAGAUCUGUUACUUCCGUUCGUCAAUCUCAAGGACUGCCAAAAAGUCUACAGCAAGGCGAAAAUAACACUAACCGACGAACAAAUCUGCGCAGGCGGUGAAAAGGACAAGAAUACCUGUUUAGGUGAUACAGGCGGAACUCUUAUGUAUAGAGGGCUGAAUAGCUACGUCGCCGUAGGAAUCAUGAGUUUCGGAUCGACGUGUUACAACGAUGAUAUUCCCUCGGUGUACACUAACGUUUAUAAAUACGUCGAUUGGAUGUACAGUGUUAUGAAACCUUAGAAUUUGGAGUAAAUUUAUGUUUAUUGAAUAAAUGUAAGAAGAACAAG